UUGCCUAAACACAUUUUCAAUGGAAGCUGAGUAUAAGGGUCUUAGCACAAAUGAUGGAGUUUCAUGGACACAUUUCUUAAGACAGUUCCUUGUGAAUAGUAUAGCGUUAAUGUUCUACUUCAUGUUCGGGCUGUCUCUGGGCGCCCCGACAGUCCUCUUGCCGCAGCUGAGGAAGGAAGCGAACUCUACAGAAGCCGCCAGCGAGGACAUGGCGUCAUGGAUCGCGUCCAUUGGCGGAUACAUGGGAGUGCCGUGGAGUGUGGCUUUACCAAUUAUCAUGUACUAUUUUGGCAGAAGGAAGAGCUGCGUUUUCGUCGUUCUUAACACUUUCACUGCAUUUAUUGUGCUCUACUGCAGUACCGAUGCCACUCAGAUAUUAAUCAGUCAAGUUCUGCAAGGAGUUAACGCUGCCUCACAGACCAGUCUCACCGUUAUUAUAAUGACUGAGUACACUUCACCCGAGUAUAGAGGAGUAUUUUGUACGACAAAAAGUGUGAUGAUGUAUUUAGGGGUGUGGGUAGCAAAUGCAAUAGGGAUGUUUUUUCAUUGGAGUAACAUCGCAGUUUUGGGAAUCGCAUGUUCGGUUUACAAUUUUGUUGCUAUACUGAUUAUGCCCGAAUCCCCGUAUUGGUUAGUCAGUCAAGAAAAAAUUACAGAAUGUGUAUCGUCCCAUCGCUGGUUAAAAGGUUUUAAUAAGAAAUCAGACACUGAACUUAAUGAUAUUUUGAAUAAUAACACAAAGAAAUCUAAUAGGAAAUACAAAAGUAUAUCUUCUCGGCUAAAGAAUUGUUACGUAUCUUUAUUGCAAGAAGAGGUAUAUAAAGCUCUUUUAAUAUCUUUAUUAGUAGUAGGCUCUUGCUUUAUGAGUGGAAAAAUGGUUUGUGCUGUUUAUGCAAUAGAAAUACUACACAAGAUAACAAAAAAUGAAUCUACGGCAUAUUAUGGUAUGUUAAUAAUAGAUGCUAUUACAAUAUGUGGUAUGAUGGUAGGUAGUGUUAUGUCUAAAUUUAUUAAAAAGUUUUAUUGCUAUGGUCUCUGACUGCAGGAACGUCUGCUUUGUAUAUUAUUUGUUUGUAUUUAUAUUUAGUAAACUCUUCUUUAAUCUUUGAGAAUACUUAUGUUUCAUUAGGUUUGUUAAUAAUAUUUUCAUUGACUAUAAGUUGUGGGGCAGUUAUGGCUUUAUCAAUAUUUGGAGAGACAUUACCUCUUAAAUGUAGAGGAUUGAGUGUGUGUAUUGUUUCUAUGUUCGCGAAAACGGGAUUAGGAACUGUUCUCAAAAUUUCACCAAUACUUUUUAAACAUUUCGGUAAUCAUGGGUGUUUUUUGUGUUAUGCGAUUGUUAGCACAGUAUUGAUAAUUUUAAUGCUUAAAUUUUUACCAGAAACUAAAAACAAGACAUUGCAUGAGAUUGCAAAUAGUUUUAAAACUAAGGACAUAGGAAAGAAAUCGGAGAGCAGCCAGUUACAACAAGGAUGAAUACUGAAAUCAAUCAGUUGGUACACAGAGACAAAAUAUAGGAGAAUGCAUUUAUUUGGGAUACAAUAAAAGGGUCUUUGGG